AUGGCACCAAAACAAAACUCUCUCCGCGUAUCCCAGGGACGUGUCGUCGGAAAACAAGGCAGCAAGGGAUAUUUCGGGGAAGCGUAUAGCGCGAUUACAGCGCCAGAGAAUGCGAGUGUUGUGAGGAGUGUGGCUAUUUUCGGGGUCGCAAUAGCAUUCUUCUCAAGUUCAUGGAGCGAAUUCCUCUUGCCACCUUUGUAA